AUAAAGGUUAUGAUGUUAGACACAACAUCGCUAACUCCACAUCUCCAAGAGCAUCUGAAGUCUUCCUGGGUAUCUUCAAAGAUACAGAGAUGCUUCUCUCUGUCCUUCUUGUGUUGGGUGUCUGCCUGGUGCCUGCUCACUCUAAACCAGCAGAAUAUCUCGGCAGUCCUCUCCUUCAAAGCUGCUUUCAGGAGGCAAAGAAAAUAGUGGAUGAUGCCUACAAGUACUCCAGAGAAGAGAGUCUGAAACGAGUCCGCAAGGAGGUGGUGAGUCCUCAUGAUGCUCUUCGUCUCCUGAAGCAGCCUCGCGGUGACACACGCUCAGCUGUGAGAUCUGCAGACUACAUGGCACAAACGCUCCGUCUGCUGCAAGAGAGGGUUCAUCGUGUGCACAAACGCUCACUCAACGCAACAGAUUUGCUCUCUGAUGUGGACCUGCAAACACUUGCCGCUAUAACUGGAUGUGCUGCUCGACUCAGACCUCCACAAUGCAGCACCACACCAAACCUUAACAAGUAUCGCACAAUCACCAGCGUCUGCAACAACCUAAAUAACCCUCGCCUCGGUGCCUCCAACACCCCAUUCACCCGUUGGCUUCCUGCCGAAUAUGACGAUGGCAUCUCUGAACCGAAAGGCUUCAGAAACCAAAGAAUCAACAACUUCUUGCUGCCACUGGUGCGACAGGUUUCCAACAACAUCCUAAACACAACGGAUAGAGGUGUGAUCAACGACACAGAAUACUCUCUCAUGUUGACCUUCUUUGGGCAGUUUAAUGACCACGACUUUACCCUCACGCCCUCCUCUCCCAGCAUCCGCUCCUUCAGCAACGGGUUGAACUGUGGCGAGAGCUGUGAGAAUUCAGAUCCCUGCAUUCCCAUCCCGAUUCCUCCCGGCGACCCCUUCUUGAAAUCAAACCCAAAAGGCUGCAUCCCUGCGUCCAGAUCCGCCCCCGCUUGUGGAACAGGCUACUCGGCCUACAAUUUUGGCGGAAAGCCCAACGUAAGAGAGAAUAUCAACUCCCUGACAGCCUUCUUGGAUCUCAGCCAGGUGUACGGCUCUGAGGACAAGCUUGCCCAGUUUCUUCGCGACCUCAAUACUGAUAGCGGCCUGCUGCGCGUCAAUACAGAGUUUACUGACAACGGCCGUGAGCUGCUGCCCUUCAACCCUCUCAAUGUGAACAGUUGUGCCAAUCGUGGUAAAAUCACCAACGACUCGAACGCCAAAGAGGUGCCCUGUUUCAUUGCAGGUGACUCUCGUGCGGACGAAAACAUCGCUCUGACAUCCAUUCACACACUGUUCCUGCGUGAGCAUAACCGCCUGGCUCGUCAACUGAAGAAACUAAACCCUCAGUGGGACGGCGAGACCCUCUACCAAGAGGCCCGCAAGAUCAUGGGUGCUUACACACAGGUGUUUGUGUUCAGGGACUAUCUGCCACACAUUUUGGGUGCCGACGUGGUACGUGCACAGCUUGGCCCUUAUCCUGGUUACGAUCCCAACGUUGACCCCAGCAUCGCUAACGUCUUUGCAACAGCAGCUUUCCGCUUUGCCCACUUAACCAUCCAGCCAUUCAUUCCCCGCCUGGAUGCAGACUACAAGGAGCACUCUCAGUUCCCCAGUGUCCCUUUGUUCACAGCCUUCUUAACCCCCUGGAGAGUCGUCUUUGAGGGUGGCAUUGACCCUCUGAUCCGUGGAGUGAUCAACCGUCCAGCUAAACUGAAUGUUCAAAAUCCCGUCAUGGUGGAUGCACUGAGGGAGAGGUUGUUUCAGUUUGUGCGGAAACUGGCUUUGGACCUGGGCUCUCUCAACAUGCAGAGGGGACGUGACCACGGCCUGCCUGGUUACAACACCUGGCGUGGGUUUUGCGGCCUGUCUCAGCCCAAGAACCUGGCAGAGCUUGCUCAGGUCCUAAACAACAACGAUCUGGCACAAAGGCUGCUGCAGCUCUACGGUACCCCCGACAACAUCGACAUCUGGCUGGGAGGCGUGGCAGAGCCGUUGGUCCCUGGCGGCCGUGUAGGGCCUCUGUUUGCCUGCCUCAUCGCAAAACAGUUCCAGAGUGUCCGCCAGGGUGACAGGCUGUGGUACGAGAAACCAGGUGUCUUCACCCUGAGACAGAGAGCUGCUCUGUCCACUGCCACCUUAACCAGGAUCAUCUGUGACAACACCGAUAUCACGUCUGUCCCCCGGGACCCUUUCAACAUUGUCUCAAAAAGAAACCCGCUCAUCCUCUGCAAUACCAUCCGAAGCCUGAACCUGGCAGCCUGGCAGGAGUAACCCUGCACAGACAAGUCAGGUGAAACAAUGGACCAAACCGUUUGACCUCGGGGGAGACUCUCAGCACCAGUUGUCAUUAAUUUUUUUUCAUUCAGAAAAAUCUGUCUAAUCAUUCUUCAUAUGUUUUAUUUGAUCUUGCCCUCAGUGGUUCUUUUGGAUCUCUUUUCAUAACUUUCCAUUAAUCAGGUCAUAUAUAUCAAAUACUUAUUAUUGAUAAUUAACUUUUUUACAUUUUUCUUUUUAUUCAAUUGACCAGACUGGGGCUCAUCAUCCAACUGUGAAUAUCAUAUUUUGACUGACAAAUGAACACAUUUACCACCUAGUGAACAUGAAAUAUGACUGUUAUACAGUAUUCAGUCAAUUGGACAGAAGAUUUAUAAGUGGUUAAUUUUGAUGGUAGAAUUUACUAAUAUUAUUGUGAAUAUUUUAUGCACUGAUGAGAUUGAAGCAUGCCUUAAAAAUUAUGUGUGUUGUGUUUUGUCUGUGAGAUUUGUUUUACUGUAACUUUCAAAUCUGUUAUAUUUCUGCAUUCACUAAAUAACCUAAAGAUUGAAAAUUUUCUUUUUUAUGUGAAUCGCAAAAAGAGAGAGAAGACUUUCCAACAUUUAAAUUAAUGCUGUUAAAUUGGGCUUAUUUAGUGUCUGAAGACAGUAUCAACAGUACAAAUAAACAUAGUAUCACGGUAUAAGCUCCAUUUGUGCAAAAAAAUUCAAGUGCAGAAAUUUGGGAAUAUUUCAAAAUUUGAAUUUUUUUUUAAGCAUUUGGUGAUGCAGGGAUGAUGAUCAAGUUAAAUUACUCAUGACAGUACAUGAGCCUGGAGUUAUCUACACAGUGUAGGCUACAUAAUUAUCUAAACUACAACCUAUGUUUGUUGCUACUUCUCUAUGUUUUUAAUGAAUUACAUCUUCACAUAUUGUUUUCUUUCAAGCAGUAACAUUAAACCUAACAAAACAGACCUGUUAGCUUGGAUUUAACUGACUUCAGUAAAAAUAACCUUAAUGUUCCUGUAGAUGGAGCCACUGUUCUUUAUUAAACAAAAUAAAUGUAUAAUUCAUGUA